CACCCUAAACAUUCAUUUAGUCGUCCGUUGACGUCGUAACGGUCUUCAGCUAACGAACGGUUGCCUGAAUACAAGUGAAAUCAAUAGAUUUCAAAGCUGGAAACCGAGAAAUUUGCAUGUGAAGAACGGCAUAAAAAGAAAGGUGAAAAAAUGGCAUUAUCGAUAGCUCUGCCUCUUUCUGGUUUAGAAGCGGAACACUUUUACGCGAUAGGAAGCAGAAUUUUGUACGAGCAAGGUCUGAGAACUUUGGCCGGUUGUGGACCGAUUUCACCGAGCACGGCAAGCGAAUCAAGUGGAGUUGGUAGCUUUGUGCCUUCCAUCGAAUCAACCACACCGGAACAAACGCCAGCUUCUUCCAGACCAGAGACACCCGCUGAAGAUGCUCCCAAAAAACAGCCGAAGCCGACCACACAGCUCCGUGUUUACUACAGUCAACGGGACAUAUUAAACUUAGGAGCGAAUAUCAGAGAACCAUGUUGGCAAAUGAGAGUCCCGACGAUGCCACGUUACGAUUUCAAAAGCUUCAUGGAAAACCGAUCGAUCUAUUAUCGUUUAGGCGAAUACGGUUUAAUCGAGGAGUAUCCAACGAGAAAUUGCAAAGAAUGCGGCUUCAGCGAACCGUCGCCGUAUCUGUUUUGAACCAUCGUCGAGGCGGAUACCAUCGACGCGGAUGACGACGUUGCGGACAUUAAGCUGUGAUAAAUAAGAGACAAGCGGCAGCCGGCUCUUUAUUGGACGAAAAUCGAGAAGGAUCGACGACGAGAGAAACGGUGAACGCGCGAAAAUUUGACUUGGUGCUACCUAAACGAACAGAUAGAGAAACAAUGUAUCCGCGUGUUCGAUGAGCGACACAAUUUUUGUGUAUGGAUCCUUUUUUUUUUCACCUUUUGUCAGCUGCUAUCGCGCUGACUGGGUGAUUGAUUGUCAGAUAUAAUCGUUGGGGUUUUGUUGAAAAAUUUUUAUGAUUUUUGUUCCUUCAUGAUGCACUGUUUCUAUUUUAUUUCUUUUUUUUUUUUUUUGCUCGUGUCAAACGAUUGCACCAGUUUUCAUCCCCGUGUUAUUAUAUCUGGCAAUAUUGAACCGUCGUCGAUUAUUCGAAUGGCCGGUUACGGGCUGCGGUGUCAUUUCUUUAGCGAACCUUUUUUUAUGCGCGCGUUAAGGAGUUACCAGGCUUUUUACUAUGCAAACUAUGCAUACAGCGAGUGAUCAAGUCGUUGGAAACCGCGGGAAUGGAAUAAACGUUUCUCGUGUGUCCAUUACUGAGAAGGGAACGAAAUCCUUUUUCUUUUUUUUUUUUACAAAACGUAAAGGAAUAUUUUAAAAUACCUGUACGUUGCAAAGAACUGAUUUUGUGGUAACAGCACGAUCUAAUUAAUCUGAAGUGACACAGAUUUAGAGAAGAGCUGCGAAACAUUAAAAGACGACCAAACCGCUCGACAACCAGGUUUGUUUUUACGACUGCCUCUAGUUUAAACAUUUAAUCUAUGCCAAAAUAAUAUCGAAUAGUUUCUCAGUCAAUAAUAUUCUCAUUGACCGGUGUGUUAAAUUACGAUCGGGCGUCUCUUUGUACGCAAACGAUGUAGCAAAUCUAUUAUAAUAUCACGAACAAUCGAACAGUGCGCUAUAAUUACAAUUGGCUUAUACAUUUUCACGAUAAAUGUAAUGCGCGCUCAAUCGAGUAUUGUAACCGUACCAAAGCCGUUUCGCUAGAGUCUUUACAGACCAUUGUUUACAAGCGGGUAAUAAACAAUAUUUUACAACGA